AGUUUGUGCAGUGGCGUGUAUUUGUGCAAGUUUGAAGGUGAAAAGCAGAUUGUUAAGGAAGUGAUGGAGAAUAUGGAAGUUGACAGCUGCGAGAAGAAGAAGCAACCAAAGGACUUGUUCAAAGCUGCCGAAGAGGGUGACGCCUCAGCCUUCAAAUCCCUCUCUCAUCAAACCCUUUCCAAUGCCCUCUCUCUCACCAACGACGACCGCCGCUCCCUUCUCCACGUCGCCGUCGCUUCCGGUCACUUCCAGGUGGUGGAGAUCCUCUCAUCCUGUGAUGGGUCUGCUGCUGUCGUCAAUUCUGCUGAUGAGGAAGGCUGGGCGCCGCUUCACUCAGCAGCCAGCAUUGGGAAUUCGGAGAUUGUCGAGAUUCUCUUGACCAAAGGAGUUGAUGUUAAUCUAAAAAAUGAUGGGGGUCGCACUGCUUUACACUAUGCGGCCAGCAAAGGUUGGUUGAAGAUCGCUGAAAUGCUCAUCUCCCAUGAUGCCAAGAUUAAUAUAAAGGAUAAGGUUGGUUGCACUCCAUUGCAUCGAGCAGCUAGCACUGGAAAAUCUGAGAUGUGUGAACUUUUGAUUGAAGAAGGAGCAGAGGUUGAUGCCGUUGAUAAAGCUGGCCAAACCCCUCUAAUGAAUGCUGUGAUUUGCUGUAACAAAGAGGUAGCCCUCCUUCUGAUAAGACAUGGAGCAGCUGUAGAUGUGGAGGACAAGGAAGGGUACACAGUGCUUGGUCGAGCUACAGAUGAAUUUAGACCAAUAUUAAUUGAUGCUACCAAGGCCAUGCUUGAGUAGUGAUACAGCUAUAACAAAAUGAGAAAAUUGUCACUAAUGCAAAAGAGAGCAGAAUUGUGGAGUUCUGGUGUUUAUAUAUUUCAAUGCAUUAAUCAUGGUUUCUCUGACAACUAUCUAACACAGGCAAAAGCUCAGUUUUACCCUUGUAUUCUCAGUUGUUAAACCAAUCCGUUUUGGUUUUUUUUUAUUUUUUUUUUAUUUGUCUUCUUUUAAAAUCAGAAAGAUAUAGAAUUUCUCUCUGUUUUUCUUGUGGUCUUUCCUCGCAUUACCGUUUACAACGCACUCCCUUUACCAAAGAGUUAACUCAGUUUGUUGAGAAGAAUA